GUCAGGACUUUAUUCCUUGCACUGUAGGAGAGUGAGAGGAGAUUUGAUUGUGAUAGAGGGGCAUAGGUAGUGUAAAUGCAAGCUGGCUUUUACCACUGAGAUGGGGUGGGAGUACAACCAGAGGCCAUGGGUUAAGGGUGAAUUGUGAAAUGUUAAGGGGAACAUGAGGGGAAACUUAUUCACACAGACAGUCAUCUGGGUGUGGAAUGAGUAGCCAGCUCAAGUGGUGCAUGCGAGCUCGAUUUCAACAUUUCAGAGGUUCAUGUAGGUACCUGUAUGGUAGGGGUACGGGAGUGGGCAGUUUAAAUAGUUUAGCACAGACUAGAUGGCCCAAAGGGCCUGUUUCUGUGUUGUAAUUUUCUACAAGAAUGUGAAAUAUUACAAAAAUUCACUCUGUCUUUUUAACAGUUGUGCGGACCAACCACUCACCUCAACAGGAAUUUUUAAUAUGGCAUUAAAACUGUGGCACUUUACGUUAAUAAUACAUAAAAGGAAAUCCUAGAUGCACAUCAAGAAAGACUAAUUGCAUGAGACUGUUUUUGUUACUGUGGGGCCAGGCACCCAUGCAGCUCAGCAAUACCAAUGGAGAGAGUCCAACUCCACCAAGGUACAAAUUGGAGAUGACAGAAAUGCCCCAUUCUUAUAGAAACAGGAAGAGCAUCAGGGAAUUGAUGGUCAUUCCAGAUACCAGCACUCUGACCAGUCAGGAGAUGAUUUCUCUGUCAACUUGUGUUGAACCUCACUGUAACAGUGUGAUACCAGAUGAAACCUUGGCAACUCAAGUAAUCUCAUCUGAAAUGUUGUCCUAAACCCAUUGAUGGAUUUUGUAAAUCUUUUUACAGGUUAAAAACAAGAAGGAAUUUGUCUCCAGCAAGUUCAAACACGGCACACCAGUUUUGCUGUCUCUGUCCAGAUAUUUAAGAAGUGGAGCGAGGGAUUCAAUUGACCAUCCUUCCUGCUCAAACUGUGGGGAGGGAUUCAUUCGGGCAUCUGACCAACUGGCACACCCGUCAUUUUACACAGGAGAAAGGCUGUUCACCUGUUCAGACAGUGGGAAUGGAUUCAGUCGUUUAUCGCAAUUGAAGGUACAUCAGUAAGUUCACACUGGGCAAGGCCAUUCACCUGUUCUGUGUGUGAGAAGGCGUUCAGUCGGUCAUCCCACCUGUGGACACACCAGUCAGUUCACACUGGGCAGAGGCUGGUCAUCUGCUGAAUAUCUGGGAAAGGAUUCACUCAGUCAUCUGACCUAAUGGCACACCAGUGUGUUCAUAUUGGGGAGAAGCCAUUCACCUGCUCAGUCUGUGGGAAGGGAUUCACUAAGUCAUCCACCUUACUGGUACAUCAGCGAGUUCACACUGGGGAGAGGCCUUUCACCUGCUCAGAAUGUGGGAAGGGAUUCACUAAGUCAUCCACCUUACUGGUACAUCAGCGAGUUCACACUGGGGAGAAGCCAUUCAGAUGCUCAGUCUGUGGGAAGAGAUUCACUCAGUCAUCCCACCUACAGAGUCAUCAGCGAGUUUACACCGGGGAGGGGCCGUUCACCUGCUCAGAAUGUGGGAAGAGAUUCACUUAUUCAUCCACCCUAGAGAGGCAUCAGCGAGUUCACACUGGGGCGAAGCCGUUCACCUGCUCAGUCUGUGGGAAGGGAUUCACUCAGUCAACCCACUUACAGAGACACCUGCGAGUUCACACUGGGGAGAAGCCGUUUACCUGCUUAGAAUGUGGGAAAAGAUUCUCUGAUACAUCCGCCCUACAGAAGCAUCAGCGAUUUCACACUAGGGAGAAACCGUUCACCUGCUCAGAAUGUGGGAAGAGAUUCACUGAUUCAUCCACUCUACGGAAGCAUCAGCGAGUUCACACUGGGGAGAAGCCAUUUACCUGCUCAGAAUGUGGGAAGAGAUUCACUCAGUUAUUCAAUCUACAGAGACAUCAUCGAGUUCACACUGGGGAGAAGCCUUUCACAUGCUCAGUCUGUGGGAAGAGAUUCACUGAUUCAUCCACCCUAUGGAAUCAUCAGCGAGUUCACACUGGGGAGAAGCCGUUCACCUGCUCAGUCUGUGGAGAGGGAUUCACUCAGUCAACCCACCUACAGAGACACCAGCGAGUUCACACUGGGGAGAAGCCGUUCACCUGCUCAGAAUGUGGGAAGAGAUUCACUGAUUCAUCCGCCCUACUGUGUCAUCAGCGAGUUCACACUGGGGAGAAGCUGUUUACCUGCUCAGAAUGUGGGAAGAGAUUCACUCAGUUAUUCAAUCUACAGAGACAUCAUCGAGUUCACACUGGGGAGAAGCCUUUCACAUGCUCAGUCUGUGAGAAGAGAUUCACUGAUUCAUCCACCCUAUGGAAUCAUCAGCGAGUUCACACUGGGGAGAAGCCAUUUACCUGCUCAGUCUGUGGGAAGAGAUUCACUCAGUCAACCCACCUACAGAGACACCAGCGAGUUCACACUGGGGAGAAGCCGUUCACUUGCUCAGACUGUGGGAAGAGAUUCACUGAUUCAUCCGCCCUACUGAGUCAUCAGCGAGUUCACACUGGGGAGAAGCCGUUCACCUGCUCAGACUGUGGGAAGGGAUUCACUGAUUCAUCCACUCUACGGAAGCAUCAGCGAGUUCACACUGGGAAGAAGCCGUUUACCUGUUCAGAAUGUGGAAAGAGAUUCACUCAGUUAUCCCAACUACUGGAACACAAGUCAAUUCAUAGUGGGGAGUGGCCGUUGCUAUGAAUCCCUAGGUUUCAUUUGCUGUGGACUGUCAUUUUAAGAGAGAGAAAUGAAAAAGUUGAAUCAUUCUGACUUGCAGCUUGUUUACAUCACUCGCAGCUUGUUUCGUUUUAACCGAGGACACAGACACUCAGAGUCAGACGGAGACGGAUGAAAAAUGGAAGGAUUGAAACCAGGGAAAUAGUGGCCAAAGGUCACUGUUUAGAACAUUCCUAUGCCCACAAGGGUGGGUUAAUUAUCCAUUCACUGUACAUUGAAUGUGUGGUUGUCACCUCAUUUAACGCACAGGAGUGGAUCUGAUUUGGGAUAUCCUGUGGAGACCACUUAUGUGUUAACCCUUGCCUGUGUGUGAUGUGGUCAUUCAUUUGAAGAUGAUACCCCUCAUGACAAGUCACAUUCGGUGAUAAUUUGUAUGUAGAUUUGUAAAGAUGAUGGAUAAAAUCUACAGCAACUGUUCUCUCAUUUUAACACUGCAGAACAGACAGACGUACUUUAUUGAUCCUGAGGAAAUUUGAGCUUCAUUACAGCUGCACCAACCAAGAAUAGUAUAGAAAUAUAGCAAUAUAAAACCAUCAAUAACUAAAUACUAAUAAGUUAAUCUUUGCAAGUGGAAAUAAGUCCAGGACCAGCCUAUUGGCUCAGGGUGUCUGACACUCUGAGGGAAGAUUAGAAAAGUUUGAUGGCCACAGGCAGGAAUGACUUCCUGUGACGCUCAGUGUUACAUCUCGGUGGAAUGAGUCUCCGGCUGAAUGUACUCCUGUGCAUAACCAGUACAUUAUGGAGCAGAUGGGCGUCAUUGUCCAAGAUAGCAUGCAACUUGGACAGCAUUCUCUUUUCAGACACCGCCAGAGAGCGCAGUUCCACCCCCAGAACAUCACUGGCAUUACGAAUGAGUUUGUUGAUUCUGUUGGUGUCUGCUACCCUCAACCUUCUUUUCCAGCACACAACAGCAAACAUGAUAACACUGGUCACCACAGCCUCGUAGAACAUCCUUACCAUUGUCUGGCAGAUGUCAAAGGACCUCAGUCUCCUCAGGAAAUAGAGAAGGCUCUGACCCUUCUUUUUAACAGCCUGAGUGUUCUUUGAGCAGUCCAGUUUAUUGUCAAUUCGUAUCCCCAGAUAUUUGUAAUCCUCCAGCAUGUCCACACUGACCCUUUGGAUGGAAACAGGGGUCACCGGUGCCUUAGCGCUCCUCAGGUCCACCACCAGCUCCUUAGUCUUUUUCACAUUAAGCUGCAGAUGAUUCUGCUUGUACCAUGUGACAAAGAUUUCCACCAUAGCUCUGCACGCAGCCUCAUCUCCCUUGCUGUUCGACAUAACUGCCUUCUCUCGACAUUUACCCUGAAUUACAAAUAUCUCUCCCAUCACCUAUUUUGCGGAUGAACUGAACUUUCAUACUUUACCAUCUGAAGACUCCAAGCCUUGUUUCCCCCGAGCUCAAUAGUUUGGGAGUUAUAUUUACACGCAUAUAUACACAUGACACAGUUAAAUUUUGUUUAACUUGCUUAAGUUACUAUAUUAUAAGUGGAUACUAAUAAGCAUUGUGUUUUUCACAUCAGAACAGACUCCAGUAGUAGUCUGUUGCUGCUGGUUUGUUUCUGAAGCGUUAUGGCUCAUAACAAAAUGGGGCCUGCAUCUGGGAUAUGAUCAAAUUUGAGGAGGAUUGAUUAAUUAUCGAUUUCAUUGGGGAAAUCUCUUUUGAUUUAUUUCUGUUUGGAAAAAUUGCAGCAAUGGAUGUUGAUCGAUGUCAGGAAGCACCAGCCUCUGAGGCAUUAGAGGGCGCCAGAAGGGUUGAGUUGUUGAGUAUUGCUGAAAGGUUAAAACUUGCUAAGGUGAAAUUGACAAUGAGGAGGGCACAGAUGCAGAGGAUAAUAGCUGAACAUUAUGAAUUUGUUGGUGUGUUUAAAGUGGAGGAGUUGGAGGUAUUUCCUGAAAGUAAACCUCGUGAGCUUGAGCUCCAGUACAAGUGAGAAAAAAUAAAGAUGGAGGCUGCGGAAAGGCAGAGGCAGUUUCAGGCUGGAGAGGCAGUAAAACAGACAUAAAAUUGUCUCAUAAAGUGUAAUAAAGGUAAAGGCUUAGCAUGUGUAUUCUGCUUUGACAGUUGAUGAAGCAGCUGAUUUUUUUAUACUGCACCAAUCAUCGCCACUCGGCUAUAAACGCGCAGGAGCAGUGUGUAGUUCAGUGCUUUGCUCAAAGCCACUCACGGUGCCUUGGCUGAGGCUCGAAAUCAUGACCUUCAGAUCGCUAGUUCAACAGGUUAACCAGCUGGCCACGCACCACACAUUAUGACCUAGUGAAGCAGGCUGUGCUCAAAGCUUAUGAGUUGGUCCCAGAAGCAUACAGGCAAAAGUUUAGAAAUUUGAAAGAAAUCUGUGAACCAGACUUAUAUGGAAUUUGCUUAUGAGAAAUUUGUGUGUAUUGCCUGCUGGUGCACAUAUAAAAAUGUAAAUGAUGAUUUUAACAGCUUGAAAGAGUUGGUUUUAAUUGAAGAAUUCAAAAAGUGCGUCCCUGAUGACAUAAAGACGUAUUUAGAUGGAAGUGAUGCUGCCACUUUGCAGGAGUCUGCUAGAUUACCAGAUCAGUUUGCUUUAACUCAUAAGGUUAAGUUUACCCUGAAUAACAGUUUCGAAAAGAGUAGCAGGGAUGACCAGGGAAAACCAGAAAUUAAUGCUGGGAUUUGUCACACUUGUCAAGUUUUGGCUAAACCUAAUCAGGUCAUCCCAGUGGCCCCACUCCAGCCUAUAGCUGCUGUGCUGCCUUUAUGCCAGUUAUUUAGUUCAUAACAUUUUCGCUUAGUAAUUCAUUUGUUAGUAUUUUCUAGUUAAAAUUAGAAUUGUUUAAAGUAUAUUCAUUGCCUGUAAAAUAUAUCGGCAUGCGAUGAUGUCACAUCCGGUUUCACCGCGUCUUGUGGGAAAAUACCGGUUUGGGAUCGAUGCAAGGGCGGGGGCUCGCACGAGGGAGACCAGAGCAGGAAACAGAGCCGCGCAAGAAGUUGUUUGUAUGCGUUAGAAAUCUCAGUGAGAGCAACGCUGUAAGUUAAUAGAUAAUCGAUAUGUUGAAUUAAUAUGUUAAUGCUGACGGUUAAAAGUAACGACGGCCGAUAAGGUUUAUGUUUUCGUUAGUUAAAAAGUUGCAGAUAGUUUGUGUUGAAGUGUAUUUAAAGCGGUCCAUGGCAUAGGGAGAUUCUGACUGUAUGCUGCACUUUAAUGCAAUGCAGUUGUAGUUUACUUUUACAAGUAUUUACAAUGUAAAUGUGAUAUCAAGGAACAAAUACUGUAUCAAUCUUGUAUUGUUUUAUCAACAGUUUUCACCAUAUGUUAAUGUGAAGAGUGAACAGUAAAUGGUUAAUCUUA